UUGAGCGACGGAUCCGCUCUUGUUUUAUGAUAAUAAGUGCUUCAGUUUGUAAUUCAUUUGCGGUUUUUGUUAUUAUUUUUGAAGUGUCACGUUGGGCAAGCUGCAUGAGCAUCUGUCGCCUCGAAAUGGCAAAACAUGGUGCUAUGCGGUUGUUUUAAUCUUGAACUAAUCCUGAAUAGUCGAACAAAGUCCGGUUUAGAGAGUUCUUCAAAAGUGAAUGGAAAUAUAGGGGACUCGGUUACAGGAGCAAGUCUGAGGAUCAUGAAAGGAUAUUAGCGGUUUUUUAAAAGCUGAAAGAGUGUGAUUCUGCACAAAUAUUAAAAGGAAGGGGAGAAGAUCCAUAUGCAUCUUAUUAUCCAUCGCUACAGGUCGUUAUUCAGCAGAACAGCUCAUAUCCAUCCAUCCAGGUCGACCUUCUGAAACAUGAGGAACAUAAAGAGAUCCUUUCUUGCCUUGCACAAUCUGCUGCAGGCAUCAAGAUGUCCAUGUGCUCUUUCAUCAUCGGCACUUAGGCGAUUCUCUGCAUGUGCCUCGAGUCCAAAAGUGUGUAUUGUGGGAGGAGGUCCUGCAGGCUUUUACACCGCACAACAUCUCCUCAAGGCCAGGAGUGACAUGGUUGUAGAUAUCUAUGAGCGCCUGCCUGUCCCAUUUGGCCUGGUUCGAUUUGGUGUGGCUCCGGAUCACCCUGAGGUUAAGAACGUCAUUAACACGUUCACGCAGACGGCCCAGCACGAACGCUGCUCCUUCUAUGGCAAUGUCAGCAUAGGUACGGAUGUCAGUGUGGAGGAGCUAAAGAAAGCCUAUCACGCCGUUGUGCUUAGUUAUGGGGCUGAAGGAAAUCGCUCGAUGGGAGUGCGUGGGGAAAAUCUAGCCGGUGUGUUCUCAGCCAGAGACUUUGUAGGAUGGUACAACGGAGUCCCCCGCAACAACGAGCUGCAGCCUGAUCUCAACUGUGACACAGCUGUGGUUUUGGGACAGGGAAACGUGGCACUGGAUGUAGCCAGAAUCCUCUUGUCUCCCCUGGACUUUCUAAAGAAGACGGACAUUACCCAGCAGGCCCUGGAGUCUCUCCAAGCCAGUCAAGUGCGCAGGGUUCUGAUUGUGGGACGAAGAGGUCCUCUGCAAAUCGCAUGUACCAUUAAAGAGGUAAGAGAAAUGAUUAACCUGCCUGAGACUGAAGCCGACAUGCUCCCAGGUGACUUUGAGGGCAUCACUGAGGCUCUGAAAGAUCUCCCCAGGCCGAGGAAGAGGCUGACGGAGCUAAUACUGAAGACGGUGAAAGGGGACGAAGGAAGACGGAAAGCAAAUAAACAGUGGGGUUUUCGUUUCCUGCGCAGUCCUGUGGAAGUGCUUCCGGAUGCUGAUGGGACGAAAGUAGCAGGGAUUCGCUUGGCAGUGAACAAACUUGAGGGUUUAGGGGAGGACGCUCGGGCUCUUCCCACAGGACAGACCCAGGAUCUCGAGUGCGGUCUACUCAUCAGUAGUAUUGGUUAUAAGAGCCUACCUAUUGACCCCUCCGUGCCCUUUGACCCUCGCACUUCUACAGUGCCAAACGACAAUGGCAGAGUGAUGCAUACAGCAGGGCUGUACUGUAGUGGCUGGGUAAAGCGUGGGCCGACUGGUGUGAUUGCAACAACUAUGAAUGACAGCUUUGAAACAGCACGAAUUCUCCUGAAAGAUGUGGACUCAGGAGCACUCGACCUGUCCGUCAACAAAGCCGGUGCUCAGGAGAUUACAGUCUUACUGAAGACUCGAGAUGUGAGACCAGUGUACUUCUCAGACUGGGAGAAGAUCAACGCGGAGGAGGUUCGGAGAGGAGAAGCUCUGGGAAAGCCCCGGGAAAAAGUCGUGGAUGUGAGAGAGAUGCUGGACGUAGCCUGGUCCUGAUCCUGACUCAAAAAUAUUUGACUGAUUUGAUUGAGGUCAUCAAAUCUCAUCUCGUCACACUACGUAUGUGGUGAUUUUAAUUAAGGAUGAGAUUGUCUAAUGUACAUUUAUCUCGCGUCAGAUUAAACAGCAGCUUGAAAUGUU